UCCCCAUUUCCCCAAACAUCAUCUUUCCAACUACCUACCUACCUACCUAUUUACUACCUACCUACCCCUAACCCAGAACCACUAAAAAAUCCCCUGCCCCACCGAUACCGACACCACAGACACCACCAACCCCACCAAAACUGCGAGUCUUUUACAGGGCAUAUUCCUUGUCGCUGCUAAUCGACCCUCACUACUCAAUCUCGACGUUGUUGCCACGAUUAUGGCUGCGGCCGCGAUCACACAAGCUGGCGCCCGCUUCCCUGGCAUCGCCGCUCUCUUCGAGAAAUCUUCCAUCUCCUGGAGCACCUCGGUCGAUGCAAGCCGCAAAAAGGACGCCGUCGCCAACAUGUUCUUGUCCAAUGCGGCCACUCGCAACCCGCCCGGCGAUCUGACCAACGGUUUAGUGGAGAAGCAUCUCGGUGGUAGUUCCAAGACGCUGCGUCUUCAGGACUUCAAGUUGUUGAGGAUCCUCGGGACGGGGACAUUCGCGCGGGUUUGGCUGGUCAAACUCGCUCACCCAAUGCAGGGAGCCGAGGACCGGGUGUUCGCAUUGAAGGUCCUACGGAAAACUGAGGUAAUCAAGCUCAAGCAAGUUGAUCACGUCAACCACGAACGGGCCAUCCUGGCUGAUAUUGCCGGUUAUCCCUUUAUAACUACAUUAAUUACCACUUUUAUGGACUCGGAAUGUCUGUACAUGCUUCUGGAUUACUGCCCUGGCGGCGAAAUAUUCAGCUACCUACGACGCCAGCGCCGCUUCCCCGAACACGUCUCACGCUUCUACCUCGCUGAGAUCGUCCUGAUCCUCGAGUUCCUGCAUGAGCGCGAAGGCGUCGCCUACCGCGACCUCAAGCCCGAGAACAUCCUCCUCGACGCCGCGGGACACGUCAAGCUCGUUGAUUUCGGCUUCGCGAAGCGCGUGCGCGAUAGUACGCCCUCCUUUCCUUACCGUCCCAUUCUCUCUUCCUCAAAACGGGUCAUGCGGCGGUUGACCCGAAGCACGGUGGACGCGGAUACUUAUUAUGGUGGUGGGUUGGCGCAGUCGGCGCUCGGAUGGCUAUAUAGUCGUAGUGUUGUUGUUGACAGCUGCUAACUUGUGGAAAUAGGGGAAACAUACACACUCUGCGGAACUCCCGAGUACCUCGCUCCCGAAGUCAUCCACUCCCAGGGCCAUUCGACCGCCGUUGACUGGUGGGCCCUAGGCAUCCUGAUGUACGAGUUCAUCACUGGGUAUCCACCAUUCUGGCACCAGAACCCGAUGGAGAUAUACAAGCAGAUAAUCCACAAAUCCAUCAACUUCCCCUCCCACGACCCCCCCAUCUCGAGCGACGCACAGGAUCUCAUCCUAGCGCUCUGCACAGUCGACCGCUCGCACCGCCUAGGCAACCUCUCCGGCGGCG